UGCUAUGAAACGAGCCACAAAUUUCGAUACAACUUCAAGUUUUUCGUGUACUACUUUGCGGUCAUGAUUAACUCGUUGAUAUUGAUACCAGCGAUGCUUUUCCGAGCCAAGGAUGUACGAAAUCUGGUAUAAUCUUUUCGCCCUUCUGGAUGAUGCACCGGUUUUGCAGACGCUAGCGGAAAUUCAUGUGCGGAACAAAGGGCAAGAUCCUAAAGGACGGCGAUUCACCGAUUUUGAAAAAGACAUAUGCUCGUUCGAGUAUUUGAGCUCCGGGCGAGACCACUACAAGUAUUUGACAAAAAACAUGUAUGCUAUGUCAAGCAAAACAAUUCAGCGCCAUUUGCAGUUGAAUACCAUCGACGUUCGAGAAGGAAUUAUUGACGUAAAGGGACUUAAGAAUUAUUUAAUCGAAAACAAGUUUCCUCUGGCAGUCACUUUAUGCGAAGACGGGACCAGAAUCACCCCUAAAGUGGAGUAUGACUGUGCACUUGAUUCGCUGCGUGGCUUAGUAUCACCCCUAAAUGAGAACGGAUUACCGAAUGUUGACUUAUUUUCUGCAAGCUCACCUUUCAAAAUGGCCGAUGACAUUAAAAAGUAUCCUGUUGGAAAUUAUGCUUAUGUACAACUGGCCAUCCCCCUCAGCAAAGAUGCGGCGCCGUACGUGUUAUACCAUGCGUGUACGGACAACCGAUUUAGUGCAACAGAUGUCCAAAACAGGUGGAAACACACGGCGGACCUUUUGCACGAGGAAGAAAUCGAAGUCGUAGGGAUUGCAGCUGACGGAGACCCUCGCGUGCAUAGACCAAUGAGAAUAAACGCAGACUUCAACCUCACUCGUGCCUCAAGUUUGGGACCAUGGUACGUGGCAAGCGAGAAUUUUGGACAAACAUCAUACUUCCAGGACAUGCCUCAUACUGCACAGAAAAUGAAAAACAGACUUGUUCAUUCAAACAAGCAUGAAUCACUGAAGAUCGGCAAUUACACGGCAACUACGGCGCACCUAAAAGCAAUGAUCAAAGAAGCUGGCAAAGAUAAACACCUACUUACUAUUUCUGACAUUGAAACAAAAGAUCGAAUGCGUUUUGGACCUACCAUGAAGUUGAUGAACCCUGAUCUAACUAAAUGCUUGAUUGAAACUAUAAGUGAAAGUAAAGGUACAGUUUUGUAUCUCAACACAAUGAGACGUCUGUACGCUUCUUUUGCGACAAACAAGCUCACACCAGAAGAGAGAAUAUUGGAAAAUUGGACUGCAACGUUGACUAUCAGAGGAUGGAGAAACUGGUGUGUUGAGCAGCCCAAAGGACUGAAACAGUUUAUCACCAGCAACACAUAUGUUUGUAUCGAAUUGAACGCACAUUCCAUCAUACAGUAUAUCAGAAGAUGUCGAGAAAUUGAAAAGCCUGAACAGUUUAUAAACAGUGCAAUUGACAGCCAACAUUGUGAAGCAUUUUUCCGGCAACUGCGGUCUCUAUCAACAACGAACCAAACUGUUGUGAAUUUUUCUAUUAAGCAACUAUCAGAACGGAUAAGCCGCAUACACCACAAGCUGAACAUUAUGUAUCACCAUAAAGACCGAGUGGAAUUUCCGGCAAUCACCAAAAUGCAGCAGCGAAGCACGCCUCGGUCACUUCCGAGUGAUGAAGAAAUUAUAAAAAUUGUUGAAAAAGCCCAUAUUAUCGCGCGAGACUUGCUUAAAGAUGUGGGGAUUACAAACCCAAACUUUCAGGCAGCCACAACUCUAACUCAUCGUGGAAAGCAGUAUGAAAGCACGAUGCCUGCGGAAAUAGUUGUUGAAGAUUACGCCCAGGAUCAAGAAGAAGACGAAGAUUUCCAACUACCCAACGAAUGGACUGAUACAGAGUUUGCAGAAUAUGACAAUGAAGACACCUCAAGUUCCCCUCUUGAAACGGAGUUUGUCAAAUUUGAAGAACACCCCGAUGCUUCUGGUUUUGAUUUCGAUUUUGGCCAGGGAGCUGGCUUGUCGAAAGAUUCUGACUGUUUGAACGAUGAUAAAGAAGAGGAUUACGGCCACCAACCACCCAAUCAAUGGAGCAUGGAAACUGAUACAAGCUCCCCCUUUGAAACAGAAUUUGUUCAAUUUGAAGAACACCCUGAUGCAUCUGGCGUUGAAUUUGAAGUUGCCCAGGAAGAGGGCUCAUCAGAAGAUGCUAACAGUAUCAACGAUGGCAAAGACUUGUACGAGUUAGAUAAACUGUUUCCAGAAUGCAAAGGAAGGCUUAAUUUGAAAAACACAACGGCAGGACACAAGCAUACGUUUCGUCUGCAAGACAGGAGGGGAAAUAUUAGAACGGUGAAAAAGUCUACAAUUGUUUGGAUGCUGACCGAGGGAAACUACAAGCUGUCAGCGGAUCGUACUAGACGUUUUAAACAAAAUGAGUAUCGCCCUAGGAACCAAUCGAAAUCAAAGUGGGCAGGAGCAUUCUGUCGCCACAUCUCGACGGUCCUCGGCCUGCGCUGGGAGCUUCGGGGAGCGGAUAUUUUGUCCCGUGACGAGGCCUACGUCAUCGUCUCCAAUCAUCAGAGCUCGCUGGACAUUUUGGGAAUGUUUGACUUUUGGCACGUGAUGCAAAAGUGCACCGUUAUAGCGAAGAAAGAGCUUCUGUACACGGGACCGUUCGGAGUGGCCGCCUGGCUUGCGGGACUGAUUUACAUCGACCGGAAGAACCCGGCCAAAGCGCACAGCGUCAUGAACGACUGCACCGACAUGCUGAAGGAAAAGCGCAUCAAGCUGUGGGUGUUCCCGGAGGGUACCCGGCGGAACACGAACGAAAUUCACGCGUUCAAAAAGGGUGCCUUCCACGUGGCCGUCAGCUCCCAGUUGCCAAUCAUGCCGGUGGUGUACAGCUCGUACAGCACCUUCCUCGACGACAAGGCCAAAAUCCUCAACAACGGGCACGUGAUUGUGACCACGCUGGAACCGAUCGAGACGAAGGGCCUCACGACCGAGGACAUUCCGGCGCUGAUGGAGCGCGUGCGGAACGUUAUGAUCGAAACGUUCAAGGCCACCUCGAAGGAAAUCGAAGUCAAGUACGGCGUGAAUGGGAACGGGCUCGCGACCACCCUCAACAGUGGCGGAAAGGGACGGUUUCGGUAUCUGGAUGAGUUGAUCAAGCCGAAGCUUGGUGGCGGAGGCGUAGGAGGAGCGGAUGCCGGGACGCCUCUGGUCAGCAAUGGGUCGUCGGUAAAGCAGAUGGUGCCACCAUUGGUACCGGACGGCGUUCACCGGCGUAAGGAUUAAGGAUCUUGUGCUGCCACAUUCUGGGUUCUCUCUGCGAGUGGAACUACGCAGCUGGCAUAAUCGACGGCAAACCCACACUAGUGAGAACAUGAAACCAUGUUUUUCUAACUUUUUUGUAUUUAUUAGUAGUCGUUUGUUUUUUUGAGCUAAAGACGCUUAUAUCCAAUGUAUUAUUCUAGUAUUUUUUUAACUUUAGGUUUUCGGUUUUGUUUAACAAUAAAAACAAAGAGUCAUUUAUCAGAAGGCAAUCAUCAAUGCAACCGAAAAAGCACUUAAUGACGACAACCAACACAUGUUUGACUAAACCUCGAAAGUAAAUAUUACCACUGGAAGCUGUAAUUAAGCAAGUCAUUAGACGUAAUCAGGUGCAAACAUAAGCAGGUCCUGCUCGAAACAGAUGAAUGAUACUUCUUUGUUGAGAAACUUAGCGUCUCGUAGCUGAGUGCAGUGCAAUCCGAAAUCACUGCGGUUUCUUUACAUUCACAGCAGAAUUAACUAAAUUAGUAAAGUUUAUUUAUGUGUUUUGUUGUGUACAUAAGUAUAAAUUCGUGUGAAUUAUUUUAUACUGAAGAACAAAUCUUAUGAUAACCAAAUUAAAGCAAGGAGGCAUUUUAACUAAAUUUUCAGACAACUAGUUCAUAGGAAGCAAACACAUCCACACACAUAAAUCGACAGACUUAUGAACCUUCAACGAAAGUAUAGGGACAAAAUUAAUACGAGUCCGUAUUGCGUCGCCAUUAUAGUUUCGAAAUGUGAUCACAGUGCAGUUUGGAGUCUAAUUUUGCCUGAUAAAAUAUCUUCACUGUUCUGUCAUAGAUACAUUGUAUAAAUAUAGGGAGGUACGUCGUGAAAUGCGUACCCCCGCAAAAGUGUUAGUUUUCAAAGUUCAAUCAACAAUAAAGUAAAAUCCAAAAUUCUUUUGUUAA